UUUCCAGGUGUUGUGUUCUGCUGACGAAAUUAUAUUUUUACUUGUACUGUAAGAUAAUGACUUAAUUUGCACAUUUAUACUCCAGCCGGGAUUGGUAGAGUAUAAAGAAUUAAAUGGUAUACUUUCUGUAGGUAGACUACUCACAUUUAAACAAUUUAUUCACAUUUUAAAUUUAAUAAAGCCGGACUUUAUAUUGCUUAUUGUACAUUUUGUACAAAAUAUCUGAAGGUCCAAAGAGAUAAUAAAGGAAGAGUAUAUAAAAUCUUACUCAUACUAUUUUUCUUGAAAUUAUUGUUACAAUAAUUACUAUAAUUACUCGGAAAGGUGCCAUAAAAGUCCUUCCCCAUGGUCAACAGGAUUCAGUAAAAGUAGAACAGCUAAGAGAAAUGGAAAUCCUUGGUAAAAGUUAUUUCUGCGACCAAAGGCUUGCCUGGCGAGUUCUGGGGGCCCAGGACCUGAGUGAAGGCCAUUUCCGGGGAUGGGCAAUGGCUUUCCAUUUUUUGGUGGCUUUAGCUUUCCCGAUGCUGGCACUCUCGCUUUUUAGCUACGACUCGACGCUGGAAAACAUUACCAAUUUUAGCCUGACAAUAACAUCACUAGCUACCAUUGUUAAGUUUGGACUUUACACUCGCAGGCUUAGCAACCUGGCGGAAAUGGAAAAUAUCAUCGCCGAAAUGGAUAAGCGAGUGGCAGGCCUGGAACAAAGAAUCUGUCAUCGGUUGAUGAAAAAACGACUGCAUUUUCUUUCCAGGGGUUUUCUAUUAAUAUCUUGUAUUGUAAUUGUCAGUUUGCAAAUGAGUUUUUUGUUCAAAGACAAGCGCUCCUUGCCGUAUCCGUCGUGGUUCCCCUUGGACUGGACGAGUUCCUGGUCUUCGUACAUCGUGGCAGUGGCAUACCAGCAGCUCGUUGUCUUUGUUCAAGUCUUCCAAAAUUAUGUGGGCGAUUCCUUUCCACCGUUGGCUCUAUUCUUGAUUGCUCAGCAGUGCCAACUGUUGAACUUACGCAUAUCUGGAAUCGGAUUUCAGGGCGAAUCAUUGCAGGCCAAUGAGGCGGAGCUCAGGGAAUGCAUCAAGGAUCAGAAGCAGCUCUAUAGGUUAUUGGAUCUCUCCCGGAGUGUGAUCACCUGGCCCAUGUUUGUUCAGUUCAUUGUCAUUGCUAUUAAUGUUGGAGUCACUGUUUUCGGUCUGGUGUUUUAUGUAGAGACCGUCUAUGACCGCAUAUACUACGUGUCUUUUCUGAUUGGCCUUACUCUUGAGACUUAUCCACUGUGCUUCUAUGGAACCAAUAUGGAGAACAGUUUCCAUGAGCUUCACUACGCAGCCUUUCGUUGCAAUUGGGUGGAGCAGAGCCGCAGUUUUCGCAGCACCAUGUUGAUCCUUUCGGAGCGCACAAAGAUGAACCAGCUUCUUCUAGCUGGUGGAUUGGUGCCUAUUCACUUGAGCACCUUCCAGGCCACCUGCAAGGCAGCCUAUUCUUUCUUUACUUUAAUGAGCAACACCAUGAAGCAAGAAACAUAAAUUUACACAAUGCAAGUAAAGUGCGUAUACCAUAGCACAAGCACCGCAUACCCUAGUAUCCAUGUAUGCCGAUCGAAAUUACUGCAUAAUAAAGAAAUGAAUUGAUUAUCGUUGAAAAUCUUCCU